UUCGUCACCGGUUGGUUAUCGAUUCAUGAUUGAACGGCCAAUUCCCAAAUAUUUAAAUACUUAAAUACAUUAUAAUCGUGCUCCAACGCGUGACAUUUACAUUUAACAUCUAUUUCGUAAAUUAAUCGGCGUUUCAGCGUACAACCAUGUCUGGCCGUGAAGGUGGCAAAAAGAAACCCCUGAAAGCACCCAAGAAGGAGUCCAAGGAGAUGGACGAAGACGAUCUAGCCCACAAACAGAAGCUAAAAGAACAACAGAAGGCACUUCAGGAAGCCAAGGCGAAGGCAACUCAAAAAGGUCCACUUACCCAGGGUGGAAUAAAGAAAUCCGGGAAAAAGUGAUAUAUCUUUUGUAUUUAUUAGAAUACUUAUCUUAAUUUUAAUUGUAAUAUUUUAUAUCUAGUUUGGCUGUUUAAUACAAUAUGUAUAUUGUUGUGUUUGCAGAAACUAGAUUUUUUUCAAGCAAGAAUCUUGUUAACAUACUUUAAUAUGAUAUCUUUCGAAUAUGUCAUCUGCAUUUGUAAAAACGUAUAUUACAAUAUUUUUCAGUUUGUUAAAAUAAAGUAAAAUCGUCAUUUUUAAU